AUGGCUCCAAAGUGUAUAGUCAACGGCUGUGACUCUGUGUCCAGAAAAGGUGACUUACCCGUUUCAGAAGACGCUGUUGUCGGCGUGCAAGAAAUACAUAAUCCUCCCAAUCAUAUUGCUGUUAACGGUUCCGGUGAUGGAAAGGAUAGCGCUAAUGACAGCGGUCCCGUCCGUGACAUAAGCGCGUCAAAGUUGUCCGAAAGUGAAGGAUUUCAUAUAUCAUCGCAUCACUCCGAUUCCGGCUGCCAUUAUAGUUCUUCCACAAGCUUUAAUUCUGACUCUGAGUGCGAAUGGAGUGCGUCCAAUAGCUGUGAUUCUGAUUCCGAGUGCGCUUGGAGUUCGUCAAAUAGUUCUGAUACUAAUUCCGAUUGGGAACUCAGUUCGCAGGAAGACUGUGAUACUGAUUCUGACUUCCAAGAAAAUGAAUUGGACCAUUUGGAAACACCGGACUCUGACAAUGAUGCACUUCUGCGACCGAAACCAGCUUCUUCGACGGAAAAUGAUCUGAAACUACAAAAAGGUUAG